AACUGUUAGUGAUUGACGGAGAGAAGCAAGUCCUACCAAGCGUUUGCGUCCAACAUCGACAGCGACUCCCUCUCUUACUCUUAUCGUAAAGUGUAAAAAGUACGCAAUCGUCUCUGACUGUCACCAUGGAUAUGUCCGACACUCCGUAUACCAACGCGGAAGGCUCGGCUCCCUUGAAUCCCACCGAGGAAACGCUCAUGGUACACGUCACGGCCCCGGCUUCUCUCCAGGCCGGCUACACCUUUGAAGCCGAAAUUAAUGGCGACCCGGACAAAGUUUUCACCUGCCAAGUCCCCCAAGGUGGUGUAACGGAAGGCCAAGUCUUCUUGACCCCGUUGCCCCUCACCUACGAUGGUCUGCGCCUCCGGGCACCGGUAGGGCAAUGGAAGGACGGACUCUGCGACUGCUGCGCCCUCGGUGUGUGCCACCCCACACUCUGGUGUGCCCUCUGUUGUACGCAAAUUGCCAUGGGGCAGAUUAUGAGUCGGAUGCAGUUGACUUGGUUGGGCGAAUACGGACCCAUUGCGUCUACGGCGAACACGUUCCGCGUCGUUGUCCUCCUCGUUGCUUCCUACUACGCGUACUCGACCUGUUUGCUGAUGGCCGAGUUGCCCUACGCGACACAGGGGGUACCCACGCCAACUUCCAUUGCCGUUCUCAAGUUUGUGGGAAGUUUCGUAGUAUCUGUUUGGGCCGUUUACAGUCUGUGCCGGGUCCGCGAAAACGUCCGGGCCCGGUAUCAAAUUCCCGAAACACGCUGCGCCGGUUGCGAAGAUUUGUGCUGUAGUCUGUGGUGUAGUUGUUGCGUCACGUCACAGAUGCUCCGGCACACGGGGGAGCACGAAACCUACCCCGCGGUGUGUUGCACCCGCACCGGACAUCCGCCCGGAACUCCAAUUGUGGUGUAGCUUGCCAACUCCCGAAAAACUUACAAUGGGAAAGUGUCGUCCAUACAGGAACGUUGAGAUCAACUUGCUUUGAGCGCGCAGCGAAGCAUUAUCAAUUCAUCGCUAACUUGGAAUCUGGCUCCGAAGAGUACGACAGCGGCGUUGCUUGUCCUAUGAUGAAAACAGCAUUUGUACGACUUUGAGUUUUCACAAACCAUUCUCGUUUCAGCAACCACGUCUUUCUGUUUCGACCUAGAUUAAUUCUUUUUGUUUCAUUACAUAGCAUUGCC